AUGGGCAAGAAGCGCCGCAACUACCCCAACCUCGAGGAGCUCCUCGACCGCGCCUGGUGCUACUACUGCGAGCGCGACUUUGAGGACUUGAAGCUGCUCAUCUCGCAUCAAAAGGCCAAGCACUUCAAGUGCGAGCGCUGCGGCCGGCGGCUCAACACGGCGGGUGGCCUCUCGGUGCACAUGAACCAGGUGCACAAGGAGACCCUGAGCCAGGUGGAGAACGCCUUGGAAGGCCGCGAGGGCCUUGAUGUCGAAAUCUUUGGCAUGGAGGGCAUCCCCGAGGCCGCGCUGCAGCAGCACCACCAGCAAAUCACCGACGACUUUUACAAGAACCGCGCGGACCGGCAGGCGGCCACGGGGAACCCGCCACCGGGGCAGGGCAUGGGUGGUGAGGGCAACAGUGUGCAGGGUGCGCCGCACAAAAAGAUCAAGAUGGAGACGGCCGACGAGCUGAAGGCGCGCCUGGCGGCGUACCGUGCGCAGGCGGGCGCGCGGAAAGCGGCCGCCGAGCAGGCCGAAGCGGCGGCAGCUGCAGCGGCGGCGACACAGCCACAGCUACAGGUCGUGCCGCCAGGGGGCGGAGCGCCGCCAGCCUAUUCGGGUGGACUGCCGCAGCGGCCGGGUGCAGGCGGCUACGGCGGCGGUGCGACGACCCUGGACGAUCUCGUGUCGGGCGCUGCGUCGGGCGGCGCCGUACCACCGCCGUCGGCCGACGAGAUUGACCGUGUGAUCCGCAUGGCCGAGGCGGGCAUCCGGCCGGCCGAGGCACCGCCGGCACCGGCAUCCGCAGCCGCGCCAGCAGAGAAGGAAAAGGAAAAGCCGAGCAAAAAGGACAAGGCGACGCGGAUGGUGUACCAGGACGGCGACUUUAGUCUGGAGGAGAAGAUGGCGCAGAUGACACGGUAUGCGGUGGCCGUGUAG